AUGUCCUUGCUGCGGUGCAGAAGUCAGACCGUGUCCGUUGCGCAGAAUGACGUGGAGGUGCAGCUCCUGUUCGAAGAAGAGGGCCAUGAUGAUGCCGGCAUCAUCAGCAUGUAUCUCACGGAGGAGCCGGGUGCCUUGAUGACCACCGGGCUGGAUCGCAGGGUACGCACCUGGAGUACCCAGCUCGAACGUCUCGGCACGCUAAUGCAGAGUCAAGAUCGACACUUCAAGUUCCCCUUUGAUCCACAAGCCGCUCAAGAGGCGCGGCUGCGGGAGGCGGCGGAGCUCGUGGAGCUCGUGGAGCGCCCCGCGGAGCGCUUGCGGCUGCCGCCCAUCUCCAGCUCCAGGAGCGCCCACGACAUGCUUCUGUCGCUCAGCAGCGGGAAGACCAAACCAGGCAAGAAGAAGGACGCAGAGUCAGCUUGGAGGGUCACCGCAGAGCAGGUGAUGCAAGCCCCGGACAACGUGGAAGAGGAUGACUUCCGGACGCUGUUCGAACAGAUGGAGCGCGGCAGCAUGAAUGGAGGAUAUCCACCCUUCGAGGGGAAGGAGCGCUUGGUGAAGGUCUCCCAAUCGCUACAGGCGAAGCAGAUGGUGCAUCGCCAAACCUCCCUGUCCAAGGAAGAAGCCUCUGCCGCCGAGCGCUUAGCCGAUGCCAUGGCGGCGCUCGGGGGCGACGACUACGGGACCUAUGCGGCCAUGGCCAAGUCCCUCCGGCCGAGGCUCUGGAACGACAGAGCCGCCUUGGAUGAGGAUCUCUCGUAG